AUCGUUAUUUUUUUUGACAUUUUACUGUAACCUCAAAUAUUGACAAGUGCCGAUGGUCGAGUCGAUGGCAUGAUCGUAUGUUUUUACAAUUAUUAAUUAAUCAAACAAGAUUAUUUAAUCGAUAACAAUCACCGGAAAUAAAGCACUUGAAGAGGCCCUUAAAGAUAUUUUUUUUUUUCAAGUUAUUUGCCACAUAUCAUUUCAAAAUUGAUCGAAAACGAGCAAAGAUGUCUGCGAAACUGAAGAUUGGUAUAAUAGGAGGAUCUGGAUUGGAUAAUCCAGAUAUUUUAAAAAAUCGAACUGAAAAAAAGGUUUCAACACCGUUUGGUGAUCCUUCUGAUUCCUUAGUCCUUGGUGAAAUUGAUGGUGUCUCUUGCGUUCUCCUAGCAAGACAUGGCCAAAAACACGAUAUUAUGCCUAGUAAUGUGAACUACAGGGCUAACAUUUGGGCAUUAAAACAAGAAGGGUGUACCCAUGUUAUAGCCACGAAUGCAUGUGGGUCUCUUCAGGAAGAUAUACCCCCAGGAACUUUGGUUAUUAUCGAUAAUUUUAUAGACAGGACUACAAAACGUAUACAAACCUUUUACGAUGGUGAACCAAAUAACCCUAAAGGAAUAUGCCACCUUCCUAUGGAGCCAGCAUUGUGUGAACAUACCAGAAAAGUUAUAUUAGAGACAGCCAAAAGUAUUAACCAGGAAGUACGAGAUGGGGGUACCAUAGUCGUAAUUGAAGGGCCCCGUUUUUCCAGCAAAGCUGAAAGUACCAUUUUUAGAAGUUGGGGUGCCCAUUUAGUCGGGAUGACUACAGUUCCCGAAAUUGUCCUAGCCAAAGAGGCCGGCCUGUGCUAUGCCGUGAUAGGCAUGGCCACAGACUACGAUUGUUGGAGAGACACAGGUGAAAAAGUAUCUCACAAAUAUGUACUUCAAGUAUUUCAGCAGAAUGUUAAGAAGGUACUGUCUCUGUUGAGGGCUUUAGUACCUCGUAUGGCCAAGGAAGAUUGGGAGGAGACAGUUCAAAAUGCUCAGGCAUUAGUUCAGGAGAGUAUAAUUCUACCCUCUGAUUAACUGAAGCUUUAACUAAAGUAUUUAAAUCAAUUCUUUUUAGGCACCAACAAGUAUUUUGCACGUUAUAUUUUAUUAGAGAAUUUUAACUUUGUUUUAAAUAUACAGAUAUAAAUAAAUA